GAGGGGAACGCGGGCCGCCGGCCGCCCCCGCCCCCGCGCCGCCCGCGCGCGCAACAGUUCCCCCAAAGUUGCAUCCCGGGAGGCGGGCGCGACCGGGGGCGCAGCCGGCCGGGGCCGCGGCCUCGGGCCCAACGCGGACAGUCCCGGCGGGGAGGCGGCGGCAUGGGCACCCGGCAGACCAAGGGCAGCCUGGCGGAGAGAGCCAGCCCCGGCGCGGCGCCCGGCCCCCGCCGCGAACGGCCGGACUUCUGGGCGUCGCUGCUGCUGCGCGCCGGGGACAAGGCGGGGCGCGCGGGCGCCGGCGCGGGGCUGCCCCCCUACCACCGGCGUGUCGGCAUGGUCCAGGAGCUGCUGCGGAUGGUGCGCCAGGGCCGGCGGGAGGAGGCGGGGACGCUGCUGCAGCACCUGCGCCAGGACCUGGGCAUGGAGUCGACCUCGCUGGACGAUGUAUUGUAUCGCUAUGCCAGCUUCCGGAACCUGGUGGACCCCAUCACACACGACCUUGUCAUCAGCCUGGCCCGAUACAUCCACUGCCCCAAGCCGGAAGGCGACGCCCUGGGCGCCAUGGAGAAGCUGUGCCGGCAGCUGACCUACCACCUCAGCCCACACUCCCAGUGGAGGCGGCACCACCGGGGGCUGGUGAAGAGGAAACCACAAGCCUGCCUCAAAGCCAUCCUGGCUGGGAGCCCCACAGACAGCACGGUGGACCUGUCGGGCAUCCCACUGAGCCCUCGUGACCUGGAGCGUGUGACCAACUACCUGCAGCGCUGCGGGGAGCAGGUGGACAGCGUGGAGCUGGGCUUCACUGGCCUCACGGACGACAUGGUCCUGCAGCUGCUGCCGGUGCUCAGCACCCUGCCCCGCCUCACCACACUGGCACUCAACGGCAACCGGCUCACCCGGGCCCUGCUGCGGGACCUCACCGAUGCCCUCAAGGACCCCAGCAAGUUCCCCAGCGUCACAUGGAUUGACCUGGGCAACAACGUGGACAUCUUCUCCCUGCCCCAGACCUUCCUGCUCAGCCUCCGCAAGCGCUCCCCUAAACAGGGCCACCUGCCCACCAUCCUGGAACUGGGUGAGGGCCCAGGUGCUGGGGAGGAGGUCCGGGAGGAGACAGUGGGCCAGGAAGACCCUGGAGGGGAGCCUGUGACCCCAGCCAAAGAGGGCAGCGAGUCUGUGGCUCAGACAUGAGCGCACACAGGGGGUCAUGCCACAGUCCCUGUGGGGGCCAGGAAGGGCAGCC